AUGAACGGUACCACGCUUGUUACAGAACAGCAACGAUCCAUUACCCCCUCAGUCUACCUUGGCAAGCGCAAACGGUCACUAUCGCCAGAAAAGCCAAUUGUCAACAGCCAUUCUCAUAAUGAUGACUCAGAUAUUGACAGCAUAAUCCGCGAGAUUAAGAAGUACGAUAUCGCCUCGUCCAUCCUUCAAUAUCCUGUUCCCGGCCAACCUGAUGAUGCGCCGGUCGCGAAAAAGCUGCGAACAGACUUUCAGGACAAUACCGUAGAAGCUCGCGUAAAUCUGGGACUAUACUCCUCCUCAGAUGCUCUUCUAGCAGACUUGCGGCAGGUUGUGACCGAGUUGAGGCAAUCCCAGCCGCUACCGAAUGGAAAAACACAUAAAUCUGAUGGAGACGAUACACUCUCUCAACUCGACAGAAUCGACGAUGUCGUAGCGCAAUACACACGUGGUAGCCUGCGACCCUCGCCUUCUUCCCAAGGGACCCUCCUUACUCGUGCUGGUCAAGUUUUGACUGUACGAAGCAACGUGGAAGGUGGAGCAGUCAAGCAGUUGUUUACCGGUCUUCGCAUACAGCCUUCGUCCAACGUCAGGCAGCAAGAAAUUGACCUCAAGAAGCUCCCUAGUGGGUUUGACAUCGUUGAAGCCGCUACAGUUGACCCAGGCCACUUAUCUGCUCAGACAGUUGCAAGAACCUUUGGCGAAGUCUUUCAACAGCAGCGUAACGCGCGACAAUUGGAAUCGCCUAAGCCUUCGAGGCACACACACACAUCUACGCUGAAGUUCACCAAGCCCUUCGAGAACGUCACUACUACGAGCAAAGACGACUAUCGUGCUACUCCACUGACUGCUGGCUCUUGGCUUGAGUAUUCCAACAACGAGACCAAUGUCACAAAACCUCCGAGUCGCAGAAACAAGAUCAACGACGAUCCCGAGGCUUUGUUCAAUACUGUGUUCUCUUCGUUUGCGCCAUCCGAAGAUAAUACUACUGCUGUAAUACCUCGCUCAGAUCGUGGUCGUCUGUGGUACAGAAAGCACGGUCAACAGGCAAUGCAACGCAUCAUACCUCUUCCCGGCAAACACAAUAGUCUGAGCAGCUCCGAUUAUCCACACAUUGACGAUGAUUUCCAACAGGUUAUAGACGAUUAUGUUCCCGUAAGCAUACAGGAUGCUCAGCCUGACGCAGAAGAACAUACACAAGACGCAGACGACAUGCUAAACGAGGUCUCCGAUCUGUUACAGACUCUUAGCUCGUGUCAGAAUCUUCGCGAUCUCGAUAAAUCUGGCACCACCGAUCACUCUAACAAGCCUGACAGCUUGGAACUCGACACUUUUGACCUCCUGCGACAACAAUUAAAGAUACUUGUGGCUUCCUUGCCUCCCUUCGCAGUAGCCAAGUUGGACGGCGAGCAGUUGAAAGCUCUCAAUGUAAGCACCAACAUAAUAGUUCGCACGCCUGACGUGUCUGGAACAGCUCAGCCUGACGAAGGCACCCUUCACCGUCAGCGUGUCGCUCAGUCUCAACAAAUUGCUGCUACUCGGGCGACUAAUCCAACUCCUGCUCGGGCCAGUUAUACUGGUCCUGCUCCUAACACCGGCUACAACACACAAGCAAGAAGCUAUGGUACUUCCGCGACCCAACCUCCCACACUCCCCGGUUACGCUCAGAGGAAUGUGCAAAUGUACAACACUCCUCGUCCCAACGUGGCUGCAGCUCCAUACACUCAGACGCCUGCUUUCAAUCGUCCUCAGCAGCCAUAUCCGGGAGCCACAAUACAGCAGUACCAACGACUACAGAACGGUUAUGGACAGGCGCAGAACAACGCACAAUACAACCGCAGCGCCUCACCCGCAAAGCCUUUGGUGAACGGUCAUAGCUAUGCUCAGCAGACAGUGCAGCCUCCGAAUAUACAGCCUCAACGUAACCAGUAUUCGACACCAGCCCAAUCGAACCCGAACCUGCUGCAAGGAGCUUAUGCUCAGGCUAAUACACAUGCCACCAUACAGCAAAUCAAGGCUGCACAACAACAAGGUCAGAACCAAUACACCGGCAGCCAAAGUCCACAACCACAAAGUGUACAGCAUAUCCAGCAGCAGCGGCAGGCUUCAGGAACGCCACAGCCACAGCAAAAUGCUCAAAGCUAUAUCCAGAAUCAGUCUGUACAAGCUACACAACCGGGACAGAGUGUUGUUACCAACGCUGCGAAUGGUCUAGCUGCCUACACGACACAAGCCGCACAGCAAAGGACGACAGUCACUCCCCAGCCUACGCCAGCAGCGCCUGCGCAAGCCUAG